AUGGUGGGUGAUGGCCCCUACCUUAUCUCUGAUCUGGACCGGCGAGGCCAGCGGAGAUCAUUCACAGAGAGAUAUGACCCCAGCCUGAAGACCAUGAUCCCAGUGAGACCCUAUGCAAGGUUGGCGCCCAACCCUGUGGAUGACGCAGGGCUCCUCUCGUUUGCUACGUUCUCCUGGCUCACACCAGUGAUGGUGCAAGGCUACCAGCACACGCUAACUGUGGACACCCUGCCCCCACUGUCACUGUAUGACUCAUCUGAUACCAAUGCCAAAAGAUUUCAAAUCCUUUGGGAUGAAGAGGUAGAAAGGAUGGGUCCUGAGAAAGCCUCUCUGGGCCGAGUGGUCUGGAAAUUCCAGAGGACGCGUGUUUUGAUGGAUAUCGUGGUCAACAUCAUGUGCAUUAUCAUGGCAGCCAUAGGGCCGACAGUUCUCAUACACCAAAUCCUCCAGCAGACCGAAAGCGUCUCCAGGAAGGUCUGGAUUGGUGUCGGCCUGUGUGCAGCCCUUUUCACCACUGAAUUUACCAAAGUCCUCUUUUGGGGCCUCGCCUGGGCCAUCAAUUACCGCACGGCAAUCCGGCUGAAGGUGGCUGUCUCCACCCUGGUUUUCGAAAACCUGGUGUCCUUCAAGACGCUGACACACAUCUCUGUUGGUGAGGUGCUCAAUAUACUAUCGAGUGAUAGUUAUUCCUUGUUUGAAGCUGCCCUGUUUUGUCCCUUGCCAGCCACCAUCCCUAUCCUCAUGGCUGUCUGUGCGGUGUACUCCUUUUUCGUUCUGGGGCCCACAGCUCUCAUCGGGAUAUCCGUGUAUAUGCUAUUCAUCCCCAUCCAGAUGUUUUUGGCUAAGCUCAAUUCAGCUUUCCGACGAUCAGCAAUUUCAGUGACAGACAAGCGCGUUCAGACAAUGAAUGAAUUUCUGACCUGCAUCAAGCUGAUUAAAAUGUAUGCCUGGGAGAAAUCUUUUACCAACACCAUCCAAGGUAUAAGGAAGAAGGAAAGGAAGCUACUGGAAAAAGCUGGAUUUGUCCAGAGUGGAAACUCAGCAUUGACCCCCAUUGCAUCCACCAUUGCCAUUGUACUGACGUUCACCUGCCACAUCCUCCUGAGACGCAAGCUCACCGCCCCUGUGGCAUUUAGUGUGAUUGCCAUGUUUAAUGUAAUGAAGUUUUCAAUUGCAAUCUUACCUUUCUCGGUCAAAGCAGCAGCUGAAGCCAAUGUCUCUCUAAGGAGAAUGAAGAAAAUUCUCAUAGCUAAAAGCCCCCCAUCCUACAUCACCCAACCAGAAGACCCAGAUACUGUCUUGCUUUUAGCAAAUGCCACCUUGACAUGGGAGCAAGAAACCAGCAGGAAAAGUGGCCUAAAGAAUGUGCAGAACCAGAAAAAGCAUUUUCUCAAGAAACAGAGGCCAGAGGCAUACACUUUGAGUCCAUCAGCUCAGGGAGCCCCUGAUGCGGAGGAGCAAUAUGACAGCCCCAAAUCAGUUCUACACAAUAUAAGCUUUGUGGUGAGAAAGGGGAAGGUCUUGGGCAUCUGCGGGAAUGUCGGAAGUGGGAAGAGCUCCCUUAUCGCAGCUCUGCUAGGACAGAUGCAGUUACAACAAGGGAUCGUGGCUGUCAACGGGACUCUGGCCUAUGUUUCCCAGCAAGCAUGGAUCUUUCAUGGAAAUGUGAGAGAAAACAUAUUAUUUGGAGAAAAGUAUGAUCACCAAAGGUAUCAGCGCGCAGUUCGCGUCUGUGCCCUCCAGGAGGACCUGAGCAGCCUUCCUUAUGGAGACCUGACCGAGAUCGGGGAGCGGGGCCUCAACCUCUCUGGGGGGCAGAGGCAGAGGAUCAGCCUGGCCCGCGCCAUCUACUCGAAUCAUGAGAUCUACCUGCUGGAUGACCCGCUGUCGGCCGUGGACGCCCACGUGGGGAAGCACGUCUUUGAGGAGUGCAUUAAGAAGGCACUCAGGGGGAAGACCGUUGUCCUGGUGACCCACCAGCUGCAGUUCUUAGAGUCUUGUGAUGAAGUCAUCUUGUUGGAAGAUGGGGAGAUUUGUGAAAAGGGAACCCACAAGGAGUUAAUGGAGGAGAGGGGACGCUAUGCAAAACUGAUUCACAAUCUCCGUGGGUUGCAAUUCAAGGAUCCUGAGCACAUGUAUGAUGCAGCAGUGGUGGAAGCCCUUAAGGAGAGCCCUGCUGAGAGAAAUGAAGACGCUGGUACAAUAGUUUUGGCUCCAAGCGAUGAGAAACGUGAAGGAAAAGAAUCUGAAACAGAAUCAGAAUUUGUAGACAUAAAAGUUCCUCCGCACCAGCUCAUCCAGACUGAGUCCCCCCGGGAAGGAACUGUGACCUGGAAAACGUAUCACACGUACAUUAAGGCUUCUGGAGGGUACUUGCUCUCUCUCUUCGUGGUGUCCCUCUUCGUCUUGAUGAUCGGUAGCUCUGCCUUCAGCAACUGGUGGCUGGGUGUCUGGUUAGACAAGGGCUCACAGAUGAUGUGUGGGCCUCAUGGCAACAUGAGCAUGUGCGAGGUGGGCACGGUGCUGGCAGACUCCGGGCCGAGGGUGUACCAGUGGGCGUACUCAGGGAGCAUGGUGUCCAUCCUGGUGUUUGGCAUCACCAAAGGCUUCAUGUUCACCAAGACCACGCUGAUGGCCUCCUCCUCCCUGCAUGACCGAGUGUUUGACAAGAUCCUGGAGAGCCCCAUGAGCUUCUUUGACCGGACGCCCACUGGCAGACUGAUGAACCGCUUCUCCAAGGAUAUGGACGAACUGGAUGUGAGGCUGCCGUUUCACGCCGAGAACUUUCUGCAGCAGUUUUUCAUGGUGCUGUUUAUUCUUGUGAUAUUGGCCACUGUGUUUCCUGCUGUCCUUUUAGUCCUGGCCGUCCUGGCUUUAGGCUUCUUCAUUCUCUUACGCGUCUUCCACAGAGGAAUCCAGGAACUCAAGAAGGUGGAGAACAUCAGCCGGUCCCCCUGGUUCUCCCACAUCACCUCGUCCAUGCAGGGCCUGGGAACCAUCCACGCCUACAACAAGAGGGAAGACUGCAUUAACAACCAUCUCCUGUACUUUAACUGUGCUCUCAGAUGGUUCGCUCUAAGAAUGGACGUCCUCAUGAACAUCGUCACCUUCGUUGUGGCCUUGUUGGUGACCCUGAGUUUCUCCUCCAUCAGUGCUUCAUCCAAAGGCUUGUCAUUGUCUUACAUCAUCCAGCUGAGCGGGCUGCUCCAAGUGUGCGUGCGGACGGGGACCGAGACCCAGGCCAAAUUCACCUCCGUGGAGCUGCUCAGGGAAUACAUUUCGACCUGUGUUCCUGAAUGCACUCACCCCCUCAAGGUGGGGACCUGUCCCCACGACUGGCCUAGCCACGGGGAGAUAACAUUCAGAGACUAUCAGAUGAGAUACAGAGAUGAUACUCCCCUUGUUCUCGACGGGCUGAACUUGAACAUCCAAAGUGCGCAGACAGUUGGGAUCGUCGGAAGAACAGGUUCUGGCAAGUCAUCCUUAGGAAUGGCUUUGUUUCGUCUGGUGGAGCCUGCUGGUGGCACAAUCCUCAUUGAUGGUGUGGAUAUCUGCACUGUUGGUUUGGAAGACCUCAGAACCAAGCUGACUGUGAUCCCCCAGGAUCCUGUCCUGUUUGUAGGUACAGUAAGGUACAACUUGGAUCCGUUUGAGAGUCACAGUGAAGAGAUGCUCUGGCAGGUUCUGGAGAGAACAUUCAUGAAAGACACAAUAAUGAAACUCCCGGAAAAAUUACAGGCAGAAGUCACAGAAAAUGGAGAAAACUUCUCAGUAGGGGAACGUCAGCUGCUUUGUAUGGCCCGAGCACUUCUCCGUGAUUCAAAAAUCAUUCUCCUGGAUGAAGCCACUGCCUCCAUGGACUCUAAGACUGACACUCUUGUUCAGAACACCAUCAAAGACGCCUUCAAAGACUGCACUGUGUUGACCAUUGCCCACCGGCUCAACACAGUCCUCAACUGUGACCGUGUCCUGGUCAUGGAAAAUGGGAAGGUAGUGGAGUUUGAUAAGCCUGAAGUCCUUGCUGAGAAGCCAGAUUCUGCCUUUGCGAUGUUACUAGCCGCAGAAAACAAAGUCCGAAUAUAAGGGUUCCCAAGGGACCCCAUCAGCUGAUUUUAGAGGAAGAGGAGGCUGUGUGAGAUGAGUCAGAUGCGCCUAUGGGGGGUUAGAUCUGGUCCACCAUCCCAUCCCCCAACCCCGCCCUGCCCCCCGGAACCUGGAACCCAGGAAGAGCCGGGAUGGAGGUCGCUUCCCUGCGUUGCCCAGCACACGCCUCCUGGAGGGCUUGGGUCUCAGUGAUGAGCAGAGGCAAGAGAAGCUCAUGGGUUAAAAAACUGACCCUGAAUUCCUAAAUCCCUCAUCAUCGCUCCUGUGUUAUCAGGACACCUCCAGUGCUGGGAAUGACAACAUUGUAACUUCCAAAAAGGUUACAAUCAGAAUGGGAAAAUGCCUAAGGAUGUACUUUGUAAAGAUUUCCUGCCUGGUUAUCAGAAGGAAAAAGAAGAGUUUUCUUCCCACUUCCUAUUCACAUCUAUUUUGAGUGUGUGACAAGAGGUAACUACACAGAUCUGUAGCUUGAAAGAUUGAUUACAGUGCUUGGUGAAAAAAUUAAAAAAUAAAUCAUAUUGUAUGUCCCAUUUGAUCUAUUAGAACAACCAGGGAAACAAAAUGUUGGAGUUUGUCUGUAAAUGACACUUUUAUAUCUUCUAUAUUGGUCAUUAAAAUGCAGUAGGAAAUUAAACUACCCUGAAAUGUUGCCUUGCAA